CGGGGGCGGAGGGAGACUACGACUCCCGGGACGCCGAGCGCGCGCCCGCGCCGCUCUGGCCCGCGUCGUCCGUAACUGCGGCCAGCGGCCCCGCCGGGCUCCGGGCUGCCAGUGCCGGCUAGCGCGCUCCUGUGGAGGAGGGCCCGGGAGGGUGCCGCUAGCGUCCCGCCGCCGGCCGGGAGCGGCCCCGCCAUGGACCUCUUCGGGGACCUCCGGCGCAUGAACAAGCGGCAGGUACCUGGCUGGAAGGGUCAAUGUGACAAACCAACCUUCUGACUUCUAGCCUGUGAAAGCUACGUGGUUUGUUUUUCUUUAGUAUCUCUCAAUCAUUUUAAAACCCAGCAAUUUCAGAGCAGAUUUUGAAGCUUGACCAAUGCUAUGUUAAGGGUGUCACAUACCUGAAAAUCCUAGCAUGUGUAUUUCAAACUAGGACGAUGGUCUGGGAAUUUCUGGUUCCAUAUUUUACAUCAGCAAGCCGCAUGCUGUAUUACCAAGUCUUAAACUUUGCUAUGAUAGUGUCUUCUGCCCUUAUGAUAUGGAAAGGUCUGAUCGUCAUUACUGGAAGCGAAAGCCCUAUUGUUGUUGUGCUCAGUGGCAGCAUGGAACCAGCAUUUCACAGGGGAGACUUGUUGUUCUUAACAAAUUUCCAUGAUGACCCGAUCAGAGCUGGUGAAAUAGUUGUUUUUAAAGUUGAAGGCAGAGACAUUCCAAUAGUUCACAGAGUAAUCAAAGUACAUGAAAAAGAAAAUGGGAACAUCAAAUUUCUGACUAAAGGUGAUAACAAUGAAGUUGAUGAUAGAGGCUUGUACAAAGAAGGACAGAAUUGGUUAGAGAAGAAAGAUGUUGUUGGAAGAGCAAGAGGAUUUUUGCCUUAUGUUGGUAUAGUAACUAUAAUAAUGAAUGACUAUCCAAAAUUUAAGUAUGCUCUUCUGGCAGUAAUGGGAGCAUAUGUACUGCUGAAACGUGAAUCCUAAAAAAAAAAAAUUAAUUUUUCCAAGAGCAAAGUACAAAGUUAUAUAUUACGUUUUCCUCCCCUGUAUAUUUUUCAGAUGUUUUCAUUUCUGUACACAGUUAUAAAACUGAACAAGCUUUUGUCUGUCUAAAUAAACUGCACAACUAAUGACUAAA